UAUAGUUUGAAUAAUUUGUGUGUAGGCAGCUAGUUCGAUAAUCCUAGAAUAUCGAUUGUUGGUUACGUAGAAAAUAUGGAGGAUCCGGUAGUGGAAAGAGAGAUGACGGAGGAGGAGAAGAUCGAUGCGUGGCUUCCGAUCACCUCUAGCCGGACGGCCAAGUGGUGGUACUCCACCUUCCACAACGUCACCGCCAUGGUCGGGGCCGGCGUCCUUAGCCUGCCCUAUGCCAUGUCCAACAUGGGAUGGGGACCGGGUAGUGUGAUGAUGGUGCUAUCAUGGAUCAUCACUUUGUACACGUUAUGGCAAAUGGUGGAGAUGCACGAGAUGGUUCCGGGCAAACGAUUCGACCGGUACCAUGAGUUGGGGCAACACGCCUUCGGUGAGAAGCUUGGGCUCUGCAUCGUGCUGCCUCAACAAAUAGUGGUGCAAGUUAGCACGUGCAUCAUCUACAUGGUGACCGGCGGCAAGUCUCUGCAGAAAUUCCAUAACACCGUUCGCCCGAACAGCCACGAAAUCAAACUCACCUACUUCAUCAUGAUGUUCGCCUCCGUCCAGUUUUUCCUCUCCCUUCUCCCCAACUUCAACUCCAUAUCUGCAGUCUCCCUAGCUGCCGCAGUCAUGUCCCUAGUCUACUCCACAAUCGCCUGGACCACGUCUCUGGCGAAGGGGGCGCCACAGCAUGUGUCGUACGCGUUGAGGGGGAAGAACCCAAUGGAGAAUACUUUUAACUUCUUCAAUGCGCUAGGUGACAUCGCCUUCGCCUUUGCUGGCCACAGCGUGGUGCUAGAGAUUCAGGCAACCAUCCCAUCCACGCCGGAGAAACCAUCCAAGAAGCCGAUGUGGAAGGGGGUGAUCCUGGCCUAUUUCGUGGUGUUCUUAUGCUAUUUCCCAGUUGCAUUUUUGGGAUAUUACGUAUUUGGAGACAAAGUCGAUGACAACAUUUUGAUUACACUCGAGAAGCCUACGUGGCUCAUUGCAUCGGCCAACAUGUUUGUAUUCAUCCAUGUUGUCGGAGGCUACCAGAUAUAUGCAAUACCUGUUUUUGAUAUGUUGGAGACUUUGUUGGUGAAGCAAUUGAAGUUUAAGCCUUCGGGGGUACUACGUUUCACCACUCGUAUGCUAUAUGUUGGCAUAACCAUGUUCAUAGGAAUGACAUUCCCCUUCUUUGGUGGUUUGCUUGGAUUCUUUGGUGGAUUUGCUUUGGCCCCAACAACAUACUUUCUUCCUUGCAUCAUGUGGCUCACGUUGAAGAAGCCCACGAGGUUUAGCUUCUCUUGGUGGAUCAAUUGGAUAUUCAUUGUGAUUGGAGUUACACUGAUGGUUUUGGCACCAAUUGGAGGGCUGAGAAACAUAAUUCUCUCUGCCAAAACGUACAAAUUCUACCAAUGAUUGUUGAAGAUCGAAAAAAGUUCCUUGAAUUUAAGAAUUUUUCAGAUACUUUUUUUAUUUUUGCUCAUAGGUUGAGCUUCCAGCCCUAGCAUUUUAUUGACUAGAACAUCAUUUGUUAAGCUUAACUUAUCAUUUUUUGUUGUUGAUGAUGAAUAUUUCAAAUUUUUCUUAA